ACUCUGAUCUAUCAGAUGAUCAAAUGAAUUUUGGACAUGUUUUCUGACAACAUAGACGAAGAAUGUGAGAAAAUCAGGGACUUUUUAAAAACGGAGUUGAGAAGAGGGGAUUACUGGUAUCUAGUUGAUGCAGCUUGGUUUAAAAAGUGGAAAAAAUAUGUUGGCUUUGACCAGUGGGAUCUAGCAAGCAAGGGGGACUCUGAUGAAUAUCCAGGCCCUAUUGACAAUUCACCUUUAAUAACAGAUGACAGUGUCCUGAAAGACCAUUUGAUAGAUGAAUUGGAUUAUAUUCUUCUGCCCAAGGAUGCUUGGAAUUUUCUGCAACAGAAGUAUGGAGUACUUAAAAGUGACAAGUUUAUACUUCAAAGAGAAGUGAUUGAGCAGGGGAUGUUUAAAAAGCAUUGUAAAGUGGAAGUUUACAGAUUGCACCUCUACUUAAAAAAAGCUACUGAUCAGCAAGAAUGCAUUAAUAAAGAGUUUAGCAGAGUCGACACAGUAGAGUCACUUGAACUAGCAAUGAGAGAGGAAUUUGGAUUAUCUGAUGAUGAAGAAGUUCGUAUAUGGAACAAAUAUAUGAGUAACACUUAUGAACAUCUCAGUAAACCUGAACAGACUCUACAGGAAGCAGGACUGUAUGCUGGACAAGUCAUUGUCAUAGAAACCAGAAACAAAAAUGGUUCCUGGCCAAGAGGUGGAUCUGAAGAGGGAUUUAAGGUAACUGCACAAAGGAGACAAAGAAUUAAUGAAGAAAAGGAAAGGAAAAACCAAGUCAGGUACAAAUUACAUCGCCAGCAUAGAAGUACAGGCACAAGAGUUAGUUACAUGUGAUCAGAAUGCU